CUUCUUGCGCUUUGGGAGUGUUUCCCAUUUAAACAAGCACAGUGGUGAAGAUGGCGGAGAGUUAAUAGAGGCAAAAAAGAAACUGGAGUGGUGGACUCAAUGAAUGCAUUGAAGCGGGAGCUACACAGGAAUGCCCAGGUCUGGUGUGGAACAGAGCCUGCUCUCUUCCUGUGUUUACUCCACAGAUCCAUGAGGGAGGGAGGAGCCAGCGAGGAGGAAAUCAUGCGCCGUGCUCUGAAAUGAAUGUUGGCUUUUCAGCUGAGCAACACCGUUAACACUCCACACUGCUCCUGCCUGGGUGGUGGAGGAGGUGCUGACAUGCGCUGAGGAUGAGUGAAGUGGCAGACAACUCGCUGGAGCCCAUGUGCUCCGAUCGGAAACGCAAGAUCUCCACCUGCGAUACACCAGGCAUGGGAUGUGACAAGCGCAGGAGGGAGCAGGAGAGUAACUACAUGGAGGAGCUGGCCGAGCUGAUCUCUGCCAACCUCGGCAACAUGGACAGCUUCAACGUGAAGCCAGACAAAUGUGCCAUCCUCAAGGAGACCGUCCGGCAGAUCAGGCAAAUCAAAGGGCAAGGGAAGAGCUCGUGCAGCGAUGACGAUGUCCAGAAGGCAGAUGUGUCAUCCACCGGUCAAGGGGUCAUUGACAAGGACCAUUUGGGACCGCUGCUGCUACAGGCCCUGGAUGGCUUCCUGUUUGUGGUGAARCGGGAGGGCAGCAUCGUGUUUGUGUCUGACAAUGUGACCCAGUACCUGCAGUACAAACAGGAGGAGCUCAUCAACACCUCUGUCUACAACAUCCUCCAUGAGGACGACAGGGAGGAGCUGCACAAGAACCUGCCCAAGACCAACGCACCCAACGGUGGGUCAUGGGGAGGAGAGGCAUCGCGGCAGAAGAGCCACACCUUUAACUGUCGUAUGCUGGUGAAGUACGGUCACGGGCAGAGCCAUCAGAACCAUGGUCCGUCUGAGGGGCCCAACAGGCAGCGCUACGAGACCAUGCAGUGCUUCGCCCUGACUCAACCCCGCACCAUAAUGGAGGAGGGAGAAGACCUGCAGUCGUGUAUGAUCUGUGUGGCCCGMCGCGUCACUGCAGUGGAGAGGACCGAGAGGUUCAGCACCCGCCAUGAGCUCUCAGGUAAACUGAUAGAGAUCGAACAGCAGAGUUCACUCCACACCACCAUGCGGCCAGGGUGGGAGGACCUGGUGAGGCGCUGCAUGCAGAUGUUCCUCCAUCGCAGCGAGGGCCAUCCCUGGUCCUACAAACACCACUACCARGAGGCCUUCCUGCAUGGCCGUGCCGAGACGCCGUCUUACCGGUUCUCUCUCUCCGACGGCACCCCGGUCACUGCGCAGACCAGGAGCGAGCUCUGUCGUAGCCGCGCCUCCAAUGAGCCACCCACCUUCCUCUCUACCCAUCUGCUACAGAGGGAGCAGAAUGGUUACCAAACCAACCAGGGGGGAGUGAUGAGGCCCCAGGGCAUGGGCGUCACCAACCCCAACGCUCAGAUGAACAUGGCCCCUGGAGGGGGCAGUGGUGGCAUGAACAGGGGCUACGGCAUGGGGGCAGAGCAGGGGCACAUGGGACAGCGAGGCGGCCCCUCGUACACAGGGGGAAAUGGGAUGAACUCCAUGAAUCAGAUGAAUCAAAUGAACCGCUCGUUGCAUCAAAUGAACUCUCAGACAAAUUCAAUGGGUCAACCGAUGAACAACAUGAGUCAGAUGAAUUCCAUGAAUCAAAUGAACUCCAUGCGUCCAAUGAACUCUCGGAUGAAUUCCCUGAACCAGAUGAAUUCUAUGAAUCGGAUUAACCAGAUGAACCAGAGGAAUCAGAUGAACCACCCUGGAAUGCAGCAGCAGUAUCCUCAGCAGCAGCAGGCCCCAUUCCAUGGAGCGGGAUACAGCAUGGGGGGCAUGACCAGCCCCCCCCAGAGCAGUCCAGGGAUGAAUGCCCCCCAGCAGAACAUUGGCUCCCCUACAGUAAGGAGGAGCCCCAAAAUAGGUGCUAGCCCCUUCUCCCCAGGAGGUAUGCAUUCUUCCAUGAGCUCGGGUCACCCAGGUGGUCCUGGAGGCGCAGGAGGUAGCACCAGUUUCUCCAGCAGCUCCCUGAGUGCCCUCCAGGCCAUCAGUGAGGGGGUGGGCACCUCUCUACCCUCGGCCCUCCCCUCGCCCCUCAACUCUCCCCCCACACACAAGCCUGACUGCUGCCCCAGCGUCAACUCCACCCAGCAGGGGCAGUGCCACGGCGGAACCUGUAAACCAGGCAGUUCAGACUCCAAGAGCCCGGGCAACACUCUGGCCAGUAGAGGAGAGCAGCAGCACACCCUCACCACAGAGGUGACCCCAGACAGCCAGGCCAACAGUGAGGGCCCAGCCGGGGUAGAAGCCAACCGACCGAGCCAUGACAACAAGGGGGGCCACAAGAAGCUCCUGCAGCUCCUCACCUCCCCUACGGAGGAGCUAGUMCCCCCUAACCACCAGGCCGGCCCUGGCAACACUCCGAUGGGCUUUGAGUCCAAGGAGGGUUUGGGGGGUUUGACCAGCCCCUCCACAGGUGUAUCCUCCUCCACGGCUGCAGUGGGACAGCAGGGCCUAGGAGCAGCUGCUGCAGCAGCACACUUUGCCAACCAGUCCCUGCAGGAGAAGCACAAGAUUCUCCACAAGCUGCUGCAGAAUGGGAACACCCCAGACGAGGUGGCCCGCAUCACAGCCGAGGCCACGGGGAAGGUCACAGAUGGUGGGGGUCCAGAGGCUGGGCCAGGAGAUCCAGGAGAGGGACCAGGGGCGAGGGGAGCUGAGGUGAAGCAAGAACUUCACAGCCCCAAGAAGGAGAAGACCCACGCCCUCCUCCACUAUCUCCUCAAAAAAGAUGACUCCAAAGGGACAAGGGGUGAUGUCCAACCAAAGGGCAGAGGAGCCCAGGGAGCAUCCUCGGGGGUCACGACGUCUGAACCCAACCCCAUUGUGGAGCAGAUCAAGAGUGAACCACCUGAUGAGUUGGAAACCCUGGAGACAAUUCUCGGAGGCCGCAGGAACUCCAGCUCCGGGUUUAAUCCCGAGCCGGACUCCGGUGCAGGAAAAGAAGGGGGAAACCAGCAGGGAAAUGGCCCAGACAGUUUCCAUGAUGUGGAGAGAGGAGCCAUGCUGCCUGCCCGGCGUGGGCCCCUCCAGAGGGCUCUGUCAGUGGACGCUAAACCCCUGGUUGGUGGUGGAUGCCUGGCAGGGAGGAGGAACGUUCCCUGCCCCACGCUCAUCAAACAGGAGAACGUGGAGGCACACAUCCGGCCAGGCAUGACCAACGGCUUCCCUGGACCAGGAGGCAUGGGUGUGUGUCCACUACGGGGCGGUGCCGGCACAAGUAUGAACAGGGGUAUGGGGAUGCCACAGCGGCCUCCCAUGGCAGGGCAAGGUGACUGGGGGAUGCCCAGGUCCAYUGGAAGUCCUGUGGGGGUGCCAGGUCACCCCUCAAUGGGCCGGCAAGGGAUGGACUUCAACUCCAAGGGCAUGAUGAGAGGCCCCAUGGUCAUCAGGUCCAACAGUUUACCUGGCAACACCAGGUCUAUGCUGCAGCAACAACUCAUAGAAAUGGGUUCCAGUGAGGUGAAUAUGGGGAUGAGUCCCUUCAGUGGGCAGGGUCCUCCACCUCUGUCCCCCUCCUGGCCUGACAGUGCAAUGGGAAUGGACGGACCACCAGCUACCACAAAGAGGCGUCAGUUUGGGAACCCCCUGGAUGAGCUCCUGGUUCCGCCCUCCACCAGCCAGGGGCAGAGUGAUGAGCUGGCGCUGCUGGACCAGCUGGACUCUCUGCUCAACAACACUGAUGUUAUCGCCCUUGAGGAGAUCGACCGGGCCCUGGGCAUCCCCGACCUCGUAGGACAGAGUCCUGGUCCAGAGCAGCAGCCAGGUCCUGGCCCAGGACCAGACACCUCCAUGGGGAUGGAGCAGAAGCCCAUGUAUGGCCAGGGGUACCCAGGACCCCCCUCCAUGGGCAUGCAGUCAGCCUAUGUGGCCAACCCCAUGCAGGGCCAGUCCCCUUCUGGCUUCAACCCCAUGAACCAGAUGGUGGCUCAGGCAGGCCCAGGGGGCUUCCCUGGCAUGGGGGGAAUGAGUCACCCCCGCGCCAACAUGAGACCCCGCAUGAUGAGUGCCACCAAGCCCCUCCGACUGCAGCUGCAGCAGAGACUACAGGGCCAGCAGUUCAUGAACCAGACCCGUCAGGCCAUGGGCAUCAAGAUGGAGAAUGCCGCUACAGGAAACCCUGCGACGCGGCCUGGGAUGGAGCCCGGCAUGGGCGGUCAGCCUGGCUUCUUGAAUGCUCAGAUGAUGGCUCAGCGCAGCAGAGAGAUGAUGACCAUACAGAUGAGGAGACAGCGGAUGAUGAUGCUAAUGCAGCAGCAGCAACAGGCUGCAGCCGGAGGCUUCAGCCCCCCACCUAARGUAACGGCCRCUGCAGGCAUGGACAACCCCAUGGCAGGACCACCCAUGAACCAGCCAGGACAGCAGCAGUUCACCUACGGUGGAAACUAUGGAAUGAACCAGCAGGGAGACCCCUCGUUUGUAGGCGCAGGCAGCAACAUGAUGCCAGGUCGCAUGGGAGGGCCUCAGAAUCCUGUGAUGCAACAACAACCCCAAGGCAGCCCCAUGUACCAGUCAGCAGACAUGAAAGGCUGGCCACAGGGUGGCAUGGCACAGAACAACUCAUACCCCCAGCAGCAGUUCACCCAGCAGGGGAACCCAAGCCAGUUUGGGGGGCCCAUGAUGAUGAAUGGCUCCAUGGGCGGGCCAGGCCCAGUCAGUGGUGCUGGUAGAGCACAGAUGGGCCAGAUGCAGGGCCAAAUGUCUGGGCAAAUGCAGGGGCAAAUGCAGAUGGGCACGAACUCCAUGGGAAUGGGCCGAAUGCCAAAGGGACCUGAACAGGAAGGCAGCAGAGACUACAGUGCACCACCUGGGUGGGUGGGAGAUGGCCUGGCCAGGGGCCACCAGACACAGCUCCAAGAUCUGCUCCCGCCACUGUUCUCAGACCUGUGUGUAGAGAGACUCGAAAGAAGCCUCAGUGAGAAUGAGAGACUGAAAUAAAGAUACCUAAUGCAGCCUCUCACUGUAGGCUUGCUUCUCUCUGGAGGAGUAUAUGAGUGACUUAGUUCAAGAAGACGCCAUGCUUUCUCUUCCUCUAACCUGUGGGAGUGUGAUCGGCGUCCUGCCUUCUACACCAGYGGAGGCCUCUGUGUGUGUUAGUCGGAUUCCGUUGCAAAACAUUUUGCAACAGAUACCGUUUACUCUUGGAAGCAAAUG